ACAUCUGGCAGCAUCUGGAGUAAGCGUGCUUCUCAAGUUUAUAAAGUAAUCCAACUCGCUAAUUGCAGAGUAGAGUGGGAGUAGGAGACGGAGAGGAAAGGGCAUUUCAAGAGUGCAGUAAUUUGGCACCAAAGUCAGGUAAAGGGGGAAAAAUGGAACUGAAACUAUUGCUAAGGCAGGUGGGCUUGAUAGUCCGUGCCAUCCUGACAUUCCUCUUUGCCCUGGUGGUGCUGGGGGUGAUGGUGUGGGCCUAUGUCCAGGGCUUCCAGCUGGCCACCUCCCCAUAUGGCAUCAUCUCCUUCGGCUUCUACGGCCUCCUGCUGGGGCUCCAUGUCCUGGUCCAGAGCCUGUUUGCCUUCUUGGAGCACCGCCGCAUGAGGGCCCGGAGCAAGGCCUGCACCUUCACCAAGACCAUUGGCUUCACAAUCUCAGCCUACCAGGAGGACCCAGAGUACCUGCGCGAGUGCCUCAACUCCAUUCGGGCCCUCAAGUACCCUCCAGAGCUGCUGCGGGUCGUCAUGGUGGUGGAUGGGAACUCGGAGGACGACAUCUACAUGCUGGAGAUGUUUAGGGAGGUGUUUGCAGACCAGGACCCUGGCUGUUACAUGUGGAGGAAUAACUACCACACAUGGGACCCCACCCAGACCCAGGAGGGGGGCAUCCCCGGGGUGAUAGGCCCUGCCGGGGAUGCUAGUUAUGGGCUGGGAGAGGACCCCCAGAGGAGGGAGGUGGAGGAUCUGAUCAACAGCAGGAGGUGUGUGUGCAUCAUGCAGAAGUGGGGUGGAAAGAGGGAGGUGAUGUACACAGCGUUCAAGGCACUGGGACAGUCGGUGGACUACAUACAGGUGUGUGACUCUGACACCAAGCUAGACCCCCUGGCUACGGUGGAGCUGUGUAAGGUUCUGGAGAGCAACCAGAAGUACGGGGCGGUGGGAGGAGACGUGAUGAUCCUCAACCUCAAGGAAUCCUACAUCAGCUUCAUGAGCAGCCUGCGCUACUGGAUGGCGUUCAACAUCGAGAGGUCCUGCCAGUCCUUCUUCAACUGUGUCUCCUGCAUCAGCGGCCCCCUGGGUCUGUACAGGAAUGACCUCCUCCAGCAGUUCUUAGAGUCCUGGUACAACCAGAAGUUUCUGGGGACUCACUGCACAUUUGGGGAUGACAGACAUCUCACCAACCGCAUGCUCAGCAUGGGCUAUGCCACCAAAUACACAGCCCGCUCCAAGUGUUACACGGAGACGCCAGGCCAGUUCCUCCGGUGGCUCAACCAGCAGACGCGCUGGACCAAGUCUUACUUCCGCGAGUGGCUCUACAAUGCCAUGUGGUGGCACAAGCACCACCUGUGGAUGACCUACGAGUCCAUCAUCUCUGGUGUCUUCCCCUUCUUCGUCACGGCCACCAUCAUCCAGCUGUUCUGGACAGGCACCCUGUGGGACAUCCUCUGGGUCCUCUGCUGCAUCCAGCUCAUCGGCCUGAUCAAGGCAGCCUAUGCCUGCAUCCUGCGCCGUGACCUGGUCAUGGUGUUCAUGUCUCUCUACUCUGCCCUCUACAUGACCAGCCUGCUGCCCGCCAAGUACUUUGCCAUCAUCACCAUGAACAAGAGCAGCUGGGGCACGUCGGGCCGCCGCAAGAUGGUUGGGAACUACAUCCCCCUGCUGCCUCUGUCGGUGUGGGCGGCCAUCUUGCUGGGCGGGUCCUGCUACACCAUCUACAAGGAGAGCCAGAAGGGCUGGUUCACGCCGGCUAAGGUCCUAGAGACCAGGUUUCUGAUCUACGGCUGUGUGGCGUACGUCUGCUACUGGUUCCUCAUGAUCUUCCUCUACUGGGUGUGGUUCCGCAGGCUGUGUAGGAAACGCUCCCAAAGUUAUGACGUAAGCGUAUAGGGAUAGUUUUCUAUACAAGGGGAAAAAACUGGAUAUUUAGUAUUUAUUUAGUAUUUUGUACAUCAAAGAUUUUUCAUUUAUUUAUUUCAUCUUGCAGUACAGUAGCUGUUUGUGAACAUAUAAACUUUAUACAGCUGCUAAAUCAACUGAACCAGAGAAUAUGUAAAUGUAUAUAAUGUACUGUAUAGUAUAUGAGAACAAUUACCUAGACUCUGGGAAGCUUUAUCCAGAAUAGUGUCAAAGAUGAGAAUAUAUUGUUGAUAACUACAGUUUGCUGUGCUACUGAAGAUGGAGAAAGGAGUUGUUAGUUGUUAAGAGAGUGAAUAUUUGACAUUCAGGUGUCUUUACACAUACUUUAUAACAGAAACUGUAUAUGGAAGCAAUAUAGUAUACCUCUCAGGAGUCCUCUCAGCAGUUGAUGAUAAGACUAAUAAUCUGUUCUAGAUGGCCCUUGAUUUGCUGUUGCUAAUUUCUACUGACUGCCUAACGAACAAAGUGUUACAUUUAUUUAAUAUAAGGAUUUGUAAUCUCUCUUGAGCACAACAUGAUUGAACUGUUAUUAGAUCACGCUGUAUAUGACUUGAUGUGUGCCUUACACAACAAAAAUACUAUAUCCGACAUAGUAGCUUUUCUUUGUUUUUAAUUAUACUUCUCUCAAUAAUGCACUGGAAAUUGGUCUGGAUUUUAAUCACAGCUUUUUUAAAAAACAUUACCUUGGAAGCAAACUAGCAAAAUGUCUUGUGGUUGAUGAAGCUAUUUAUUUCAGUGUAAAUAAUAGUGACAGACUCCGCAGUAAGACAAUCAUACAUGUGAUGUCCACUCCCAGGGAUGCGUUGUGAAGCCCUGUGAGAUAGACGGACAAUGGUUCUGCUGUCAUGUUGAGUAUAGACAUGAGAGAUGCACCUGGCUCGGUUUGAACUGAACUGACUGAGCACAUCGGUAUAGAUUGUUUAUGCACAUUUUUCAUUGUAUGUGAUGAUUUCCUUUAUCAUAUUAUUUUGCAAAUGUGAAUGAAUGUAUGUAUGUUUUGGGAAUUUGAUAAAAAUGAGAAAAGAAAAAUGAAGUAUUUUGUGAGGAAAAUGAAGUACAGUAGCCUACUGUUGAUUUGUUGAGGAGGGAUUGUUUUGGUUACCACACCAAUCUCUCAAUGAUCCUAUCAAUCUAGGAUGUUGAAAUCAGUGUCUUGGUGGUUGCUUCAUCUGACUCCACUAUUAAUGCUAACUAUACCCCUGAUUUCCCUGACAGUUGAUAGGUAAAAGUAAUUCCAAACAUUUCUAUAACCCAUAAUCUACCAUCCUUUACUGUGGCCCCUAAUACUGGCCCCUAGUUUACAAUGGAACGUCUGCAUGAUGUACUAUCCACUAAUGGUUCUGUUGACUGUAGGAAAGACGUGACAUUUCCAUUGUGCAACACAUGAUAAUCUGAGAAAUGAGAGGUUCUGUUAGAGACAUCUAUCAUCAGGAGGGUCAUCGUUGCUCAUCAAGAGGUAUAAUUACUGAUGUAGAGUCAACAUUUCUGACCUCUCAGGGCAGUUAGAGGGCCAGUUGCUUUGCAUUGGUUUCAUUUGACUGGUAGAGGGAGGAGAGUGUUUGUUGCUGUGUUUGUUCCAUACAAACACUUUUAUGACAGGUCUGGGUGGGUGGAAGUUCUAAAAGAGGCUGAAAACAGUUCAUUACUGUAUAUACUAAUUGUGUAAGUGACACCCAUUUGUUUUGAAACGCUGCUAUGUAACACUAACAAAGCGUUAAAGAGCCUGUCUUGCAGAGAACAUAUUAGCUGUGUGAAGCAUCAUGCUGGGGGCAGCAGGUAGCCUAGCGGUUAAGAGUGUUGGGCCAGUAACCGAAAGGUCACUGGUUCAAAUCACUGAACCGGCAAGGUUGAAACAUCUGCCGAUCUGUCCAUGAGCAAGGCAGUUAACCCCCAACAACUGGUGACGUGGACGUCAAUUAUAGGCAGUCCCCCGCACCUCUCUGAUUUAGAGGGUUUGGGUUAAAUGUGGAAGACACAUUUCAGUUGAAUCCUUUCAGCUGUUCAACUGACUAGGUAUCCCCUUCCCAAUUAUAAUAAGCUGAACGAACUUGUCAGAGCUAACUUUAAAGAUCACAAGCAAUUCUAUAAGCGAAUACCUUGUGAUG